AUGCUCCGCUGGGCCCAAGCCUGGAGGUUCCCUCUUGGGGGCCGAGGCCCCUGCUAUCCCAGCUUCUCAUGGGUGCCAGUCGCAACCUGCAGCAGCAGCGGCGGCAAAAGCAGGGCCAAACUGAGGUCGCUGCCGCUUUCCUACACGCUUCUAGACGGGAAGGCGGACCUUCCAGCCCUCGUCUUUCUGCAUGGCCUCUUCGGCAGCAAAAACAACUUCAACUCUAUCGCCAAAGCCCUCGCCCACCAGACAGGACGAAAGGUCCUGACAGUGGAUGCUCGGAACCAUGGUGACAGUCCCCACGACCCAGCCAUGAGCUAUGAGGCUAUGAGCCAGGACCUACAGGACCUCCUGGUCCAGUUGGGCCUGGUACCCUGCGUCCUCGUUGGCCACAGCAUGGGAGGCAAGACGGCCAUGCUGCUGGCCCUGCAGAGGCCAGACCUGGUGGAACGCCUGAUUGCUGUGGACAUCAGCCCAGUGGAGACCAGAUCUGUCUCGGACUUCCCCUCUUACAUGGCCGCCAUGAGGGCAGUAGAAAUCCCCGAGGACAUGCCCCGCUCCCAUGCUCGCAGACUGGCUGAUGAGCAGCUCCGCCCUGUCAUCCAGGAAACAGCUGUGCGGCAGUUCCUGCUCACCAACCUGGUAGAGGUGGACAAACGAUUCAUGUGGAGAAUAAACUUGGAUGCUUUGUCCCAGAACUUGCAGGAGAUCAUGAACUUCCCACCUCAACAGGACUCCUACCCUGGGCCAACCCUCUUCCUCCUCGGUGGCAACUCCCAGUUUGUGCUCCCCAGCCACCACCCUGAGAUGAAGCGACUCUUCCCGCGGGCACAGCUGCAGACUGUACCAAACGCCGGCCACUGGGUCCAUGCCGACCGCCCACAGGACUUCAUGGCUGCCAUCCGAGGCUUCCUGACCUGA